AAUUAACAUGUGCAGCAUACUUAGGAAACAUCUUCCAGGCAUUUUAAAUCUUCUGCUCAAACAGUCAAUAUGCGCCACCGGAUGAAUAAAUACACAUGUGCUUUAGCAAUUUUCAUUGGAUGCCUCUUUUCAAUGUUCACAUUACGUGAACUCCGUGCAAGAUUAGCAGGACAAACUACGUUCAGCGAAUUAGAAGAAAAAGACAAUACAAUCACUGCGCAUGAGCUUCCGGAAGUAAAACAUGUACCAGCAGACGACACCUGUGACCUUAAUACAACAAAACAUAUUCCAGAAAGUGACUCUGGGGACUCGAAAACGAUUUUAAAUCGGUUUAAAGCUCGGUUUAAUGUUUUGGAUACAAUAUGCAGUGCUUCCAAAGAACGCUCGGCAUACACUGAUUGCGAUGAAGAAAACGUGAAGCGGAAUCUAAAAUAUUCAAAACACCGAAAGUUGGUUUAUUGCGCAAUAGAGAAAACGGGAAGUACGUUUUGGAAGCGUAUUUUGUACAUAAUUGGCGGGAAAAGCAACGUUUCAAAUCCUACGCACAUCGAAACAGUACGGGCUGAAUACAGCGAAGAAAGAUUUUGUGAUAUGACAGAUAAAACCUGGGGAGAAAUAAGAGAUAUAUUCAUGAAAUCCACAAACAUAAUGUUCGUAAGACACCCUUACGCUCGUCUAUUCUCUGCGUGGCUAGAUAAAUUUUAUUCCCCAAACAUUAUAUACUGGAAUUCCACAGGGAAAGCCAUUGCGCAGUCACAAAGAGGGGAGAAAGAGCAAAAAUGUGCAAACGAUAUAACAUUUACCGAGUUCGUGAAUUAUACUGUAGACAAUAUUUUAUACGGAAAUACUUGUAUCGAUCGUCACUUUUCACCCAAUUUUGUACACUGCAAUCCAUGUGAAUUGUCCUACGAUUAUAUAGGAAAAUACGAAACCAUGAAACAAGACACGCUCUUCAUACUGCAAGCGUUAAAUCUAACUGGUACGGUGACAUUUUCUCAAUUCGACGAAGACGCCGCUUCCGACGCCAUAAAAGACGCUGCAGAUUGGGUUUAUUACCAGAGGGAUAACAUCCAAGGUUGUGGAAUAACGUUCAACUGUGCGUUAUUCAGAGUAUGGAAACGUCUUCAAAGUCGCGGGAUAAUAAGCAUUUCAAUUGGGUUUCCCUUCAGAAAUAAAGAAAACGCAACGUCACGUGAGGACUUCGAAAAAGCUUUGAGAGAGGCGCAUAUAGGAAGUGACGCGGAGGAACUGAAACGUAAUAAACACAAAGCGAUGACACAGGCACUGAUGUCACUUCCGGAGAAUAUCAAAGAAAAAGUACUAAAAGCUUAUGAAAGAGAUUUUGAUAUGUUCGAAUAUGAUAGAUAUGUAGAUAUGACGUUGCAAUCAAAUGAAACAUUUUUCACUGAUUGUCCUACAGAUCUAUAAAAUUGUUGUUUUUUUAUUUCUCUGUUUUUCGUUCUAUAACAAUAUGUUGAUGCAAGAACAAGUUUUUUUUUAACAGCUGACUGUUUUUAUACAGAAAAAUGAAGACGGCGGCUUGGCAAUUAACACGAUUUCACCAUUUGUACCAGUUACCACGUAACAUAAGAAUACCACAUUAUAACAAAAAUGGACGACAAAAUUUUUAAAAAAGUGUUGACUACGGGGCACGAUAUGCGCUACUUAUUUUUUCGUGUUUGGAUAACAAUAUUAGGAAUAUUUCUCUUAAAAGAAGAAACAUUAAGUUUAUUUUUUUCAAACCUUUUACUUCUUUUGUACAUAUUAUGAUAAUAUUAUUUUUUUUAAAAAUUUGUACAAAAAGAACAAUAAAUAUGUUUAAAUCAAAUCUAUUUUAGUCACUAACAAAUUCUAAUUCGAGUACUCGGUUGAAUGUCAAUCCGUAGCAUGUUGUAGAAUUGCUUAUAUACUUGUUUAGAGAUUAUCGUGCCUUAUAUGUGUGUAAAGUUAAUACAUCUAUUUUCAGUUCGCUUAUUUGUCCAUUCAUCGCAUUUUAUACUAUGAAAGAGCAUUAAAUAAUA